CAGAGCAUGCGCAGUGCAGUCAAGACUGUCCAGCGCUUCCUAAACACGGAUUCAAACACUUGCUGAUGCUGAUUGACAGCUGUCAGAUGCUGCAUGGCGUCGUCCUCUGAGGUGAACGUCCACAUGGAGGAGGUGGUGGUGGUUACGACUCCUGACGCCGUAUCACAGACUUUAUCCCCCAAUGAGGAGAAAAGUAUACUGGUGGCCACAGACCUGGAAGAUUCUGAGGAAAACAUUGUGGAGCAAAGCAUGGAGUCCGAGGCUGAAUCUAGCAGCGCUAUCACCCUGCCUAAGGACACAGUUUUAGUGAAAAUAUCUGAAGAUACAGAUGUAGAGGGCGAUAUUCUCUACCCAAUAACCUGUGGAGACAGCAAAGCCAACCUUGUGUGGAAGAAGUUUGUGUGUCCUGGAAUCAAUAUCAAAUGUGUGCAGCUGAACGAGCAUCUCAUCAGUCCAAAGGAAUUUGUUUACAUCGCAGGAAAGUCCACACUGAAGGACUGGAAGAGAGCCAUUCGCCUCAAUGGGACCAUGCUGAGGAAGAUCAUGGAUUCGGGGGAGCUGGACUUUUAUCAGCACUCCAGACUCUGUUCAAACACCUGCCGCAGUACUAAGAUUGACCUGGUGGGGUCUCGGGGGUCCCUGAGCAGCCAACAGUCCACAGAAACGGCUCCUGCGACCCCUGCUUCUGCUGACGUGAAUGGAUCGUCAUCUUCAUUUUCCACAGAUGUUGAAGACAGCACUGAAUGGGUCACAGCUAUCGGAGAGGACACCAUGACGUUCUGGAGAGGACUGAAGGAUGCUGGGAUGCUGGAGGAUGUGAUGGAGGACCUGCAGAAAGAGAUCCAGGAGAUUCUCAAAGGCCUCGAGGAGCGAAUCCAGGAGCCUCCACUCCAGGUCAAAGAUGCUACUCUCCUCAACAAUAUCGUUCAGAACUUUGGGAUGUUGGAUCUGGUGAAGAAAGUUCUGGCCAGUCACAAAAGUCAGAUGGACCGCUGCAGAGAGCAGUACACCCGCAGCUUAGUGGCCCUAGAGCAACAGUGUGAUGAGCAUCGCAAGCGCGCUAAAGAACUGAAGAGUAAAUCGCAGCACCUCAACAACGUCCUGAUGACCUUGACCCCCGUGACAUCUCCACCCACCACCAAACGCCCCCGUCUGACCCGCGCCGUCUCAGGUCCCGCCACUGUCGCCAGCACACCCGCCCAACCUGCGCACUUCACCCUUCCCAUCACACAACUCACUGGCAUCCAGCUGGAAAAAGUGUUGUCGGCGCAGACUCAGUCUCCUCUGAUUGGUGGAUAUACAUUGCUUACAUCACCAUCAGCAGGAGGAACCGAAAUCCAUCAGGACGGCUCCAAUUUGUCCAUGUUGAGCACCGCUGGCUCUGGGGGACCCACUAUUGUUAAAGUGGUCAGUCCAUUUCAGCUGGUCACAUUGCCCACAGCCGGAGGUGGGGCUAUGGUGCAGAAUUUGGCGGCUCCAGUGGGGGGCGCUGCAGGUAACACUGUUGUAGCGGUGCCUGUUAGCACUGUCAAUACCGUAAACACUGCCACUGUGGAGACAGUCGGACCGCAAGCAGAAAACGCUUCAGAUGCAAAAGACGACCAGAAGGAGUAAAACAGUUGCGAAUUUAGCGAAUUUAGCAUGUAUUAUGAUGUAAUUUGUAAACAGAAUUUUUUUGGAUUAUUAUUUGAAUUAUUGCAUUAGAUUAAUUAUAUUGUCAAAGUUCAAUAAUGUAAACUCCGCCACUGUGGAGAUAGUCGAACGGCAGGCAGAAACACUUCAGAAGUGAAAGUAAAACCGUUACGAAUUUAGCGAAUAUGAUGUAAUUCGUAAACAUGUCUUUUUUGCAGUUUAAUUUGAAUUGCUUCAGAAGAGAAGACAGGCAGAAGGAGUUAAAUUGUUUCUAAUUUAGUGCAACAUAAAAGUAUGAUAUUAUUUUGAAUUUUUGCAUUGCAUUUGAUUUAAUUGUAUUGUAAAAGUUCAAUACCGUAAACACUGCCACUGUGGAGACAGUAGGCUCGCACGCAGAAAAUGCUUCAGAUGUGAAAGACGAGGAGUAAAACAAUUACGAAUUUAGCAAAUAUGAUGUAAUUUGUAAACAUAAUUUUUUCUGAGUUUUAUUUGAAUUGUUGCAUUUGAUUUAUUUGUAAUUGUAUUGUAAAAGUUCAAUAACGUAAACUUUGCCACUGUGGAGACAGUCAGACCACAGGCAGAAAACGAUUCAGAAGUGGAAGUAAAACCGAAAGUAAAACCGUUACGAAUUUAGCGAAUAUGAUGUAAUUUGCUUUGCAGUUUUAUUUGAAUUGCUUCAGAAGUGAAGUGCGACCAGAGGGAAUAUUUGCUAAUUUAGCAAAUAUAAUGUAAUUUGUAAACACAAGUUUUAUUUCAAUAGUUGCAUUUUCUUUAUUUGUAAUUGUAUUGUAAAAGUUCAAUAACGUAAACUUUGCCACUGUGGAGACAGUCAGACCACAGGCAGAAAACGCUUCAGAAGCCAAAGUAAAAUCACUACGAAUUUAGCGCAUCAUCAAAAUAUGAUGUAGUUUGUAAACACCUUUAUUUGAAUUGCUUCAGAAGCGAAAAACGACCAAAAGGAGAAACGCCUUUUCAAAUUUAGCGCAGCAUCAAAAUACAAUGUUAUUUGUAAACAGAAAUUUUUUGAGUUUCAUUUGAAUCAUUGCAUUUGAUUUAAUUGCAUUGUCAAAGUUCAAUAACGUAAAUUCUGCCACUGUGGAGACAGUCGAAUGGCUGGCAGAAAACGCUUCAGAAGCUAAAGUAAAACUGAAAGUAAAACCAUUACAAAUUUAGCGAAUAUGAUGUCAUUUGUAAACAUGUCUCUUUUUUUGCAGUUUUAUUUAAAUUGUUUCAGAAGCAGAAGACGACCAGAAGCAGUAAAACCAUUUCGAAUUUAACGCAGCAUCAAAAUAUGAUAUAAUUUUCUUUGCAGUUUUAUUUUGAAUAGUUCCAUUGCAUUUAAUUUAAUUGUAAUUGUAUUGUAAAAGUUCAAUAUCACUGCCACUGUGAAGACAGUCGGACCACUGGCAGAAAACGCUUCAGAUGCGAAAGAUGAGGAGUAAAACUAUUACGAAUUUAGAAAUAUGAUGUAAUUCAUAAGCGUAAUUUGUUUUGCAGUUUUUUUUUAAUUGUUUCAGAAGUGAACGGCGACCAGAAGGAGUAAAACUGUUAUGAAUUUAGUGAAUUUAACAAAUGUGUUGUAAUUCGUAGACAUUUUCUUUGGAGUAUUAUUUGAAUUGUUGCAUUCAAUUUAAUUGUAAUUGUAUGUAAAAGUUCAAUACUGUAAAUGGUGGCACCGUGGAGACAGUCAGACAGCAGGCAAAAUAAAACGCUUCAGAAGUGAAAGUAAAACCGUUACGAAUUUAGCGAAUUUAACAAAUAGAAUGUAAUUUGUAAACGUCCAUUUUUUUUGCAGUUCUAUUUUAAUUGCUUCAGAAGGAGUAAAACCAUUUCGAAUUUAGCGUAGCAUCAAAAUAUGAAGCAAUUUGCAAACACACUUUUUUUUAAUAGUUUUUUUUUUUUUUUACAGUUUUAUUUUAGUUGCUUCAGAAGCAAAAAAAUGACCAGUGAGAGUAAAACUGUUUUGAAAUUAGCGCAGCAUCAUAUUAUGAAAUAAUUUUGUUUGCAUGUUAAAUUUUUUAUUCUUGCAUUGCAUUUGACAUAAUUGUAUUGUAAAAGUUCAGUACACACUGGCACGGUUUCGAAUUUAGCGCAUCAUUAAAGUAUGAUGUCUUUUUGCAGUUUUAUUUGAAUUGUUUUAGAAGCGAAAGUCGACCUGAAAGAGUAAAACCGUUUUGAAUUUAGCAGAGCAUCGAUGUAUGAUGUAAUUUGUAAACAUAUAUUAGUAUUAUUAUUUGAAUUGUUGCAUUCGAUUUAUUUGUAAUUGUAUUGUAAAUGUUCAACAACGUAAACUGCCACUGUGGAGACAGUCAAACCACAGGCAGAAAAACUUCAGAAGCGAAAGUAAAACCAUUACGAAUUUAGCGCAUCAUCAAAAUAUGAUGUAAUUUGUUUGGUAUAUUAAGAUUUUUUUUGGUAUAUUAUUAGAAUUUUUGCAUUUGAUUUAAUUGUAAUGGAAUUGUAAAAGUUUAAUAACGUAAACUAUGCCAAUAUGGACACAGUAGGACAGCAGGAAGAAAACGCUUCAGAAGCGAAAGACUGCCAGAAGGAGUAAAACCAUUAUGAAUUUAGCGCAACAUCAAAAUAUGAUGUUGUUUGUAAACAUGUAUUUUCUUGCAGUUUUAUUUGAAUUGCUUCAGAAUCGAAAGGCGACUAUAAGUAAAAGUGUUUCGAAUUUAGCGCAGCAUCAAAGUAUGAUGUUAUUUGUAAACAUGUAUUUUCCUGCAGUUUUAUUUUGAAUUAUUGCGUUACGUUUGAUUUAUUUGUAUUGUAAAAGUCAGACCGCAGGCAGAAAACGCUUCAGAAGCAAAAGACAAAUAGAAGUAAAACCAUAUUAAAUUCAGCUCCGCAUCAAAAUAUGUAUCCUAUAAACAUAUUUUAUUUUUUUUUGCAGUUUAUUUUAAUUGCUUCAGAAGCGAAGGACGACCAGAAAAAGUAACACCGUUUCUAAUUUAAUAUAAUUUUUUUUUUGCAGUUUUAUUUUUAAUUGUUGCAUUGCAUUUGAUUGUAAUUUGAUUACAAUGUGAUGAAACAUAUACUCUAUGCUAAUUUUGUUUUAUACAAAACGUGAAAAGUUGUUGAACUUUUAUUUUUGACCAGAGCGUGUAAUUUGUAGCUAUCAAGUCUUUUGCAUAUAAUGCUUACUCUUUAAUUUAUGCUGUUCUCAUUAUACUGCAUUAUUUUUUAACAGUGAUGGAUUUCUGAAAGUACUAAAAAAUGAAUGUCUGUAUUUGUGAUCUUUUAUUUAAAAUGGAUUAACUUGGACCAUCUUGUCCAAAUAAACACGAGCAGCAUGUACAGUA